CGAACAAGUGAAUGGUGAACAAGCACAAAGUGGGCAAGCACAAGGUAGGCAAGCACAAGGCAGGCAAGUGCAUGAUGGGCAAGCACAAAGUAGGCAAGCACAAGAUGGGCAAGUAAAUAACAGGCAAACACAAG